AUGGAAAGACAGUCAGAUGAACCACUUCAUCUGUUAUGUUCACCUUGUAAACGUAAGGAAAGAAAUAAAGAAGCGGACAUAUAUUGCGCAGAUUGCCAUGAUUAUUAUUGUUCUGAUUGUCUAAACAUUCACGAUGAUUUUCCAGCAUUGUCUUGUCAUAAGAUUCUAGAUAAAGAUCAAGUCAAAGAUGGAACAAGCGGAAUUUUGCCUGUAACACCAACACAAAGAUGGGAGAAACACGGGUUUAAACCUGUUGACAUGUAUUGGCAAAGUCACGAUAACGUUGGUUGUGCUACAUGUAUGGCAGUAUAUCACAGGUCAUGUAACGAUGUUUUCUAUGUGCCUGAGUACGUCUUAGAACAUGAUCCUACAAGUCAAUGUGAAGACGUUCAACAGAAAAUGCUAGCUGUUACCGGUGACAUUGAAUUUCAGCUAAAAAUUCGCCAAUGGGAAAUAAAACGUCUGUUUAAACGGAAAGAAGAAGAAGUUGAGAAAAUAAAGCAGUUCCGAAUUGACGUUAACCAAAAACUUGACAAUCUUGAGAAGAAGAGCAUUGCUAAUAUUGAAGAUAAAUACAAAGCAUUCAUCAAGAUGUUUGAAGAGCAAAUUUCUAUACUGACAACUUUCCAGACAGAUGUUCAGUCUUCAGCAGAAGAAUUAAAAUCCGCCUCAUCAAACGUGUCGCAAAAAUUUGUGGGUAUGAAAGUAGCUAACACAGUUACUGAAAGGGCAGACAAUGGUUUAAAAGAGAAGACCAUAGAAUUUAAAAGAAUUGAUGUAGUUUUUGAAUGUAAACAGAGUCUGACGUCAAAGAUAGAUGAGAUGGAUAUUUUAGGGGACAUCAUUGAACAACCUGCUAAAUAUCAGCUUCGAGAAAAAAGGGAGAUAGAUAUCAAACAUGAUUCAGACAAGAGCGAUUGUUCUAUAUACAGUGCAUGUUUACUAAAUGACGGGUCUAUUGUAAUCGCAGAUUUUGUUAAUAAAAGCUUAAAACGUCUUGACGUGGCCUCUUCCAAAAUAGUAGAUGUCUGUCAACUUCCAAGAUCCCCGUGGCAUAUUUGUGAAGUUGACAAUGAGAUAGCUGUAUCCUCCAGUUGGAUGAACAUCGACAUUGUAACUACAGAAGGUCCUCUUAAAGUAGCACGGGAAAUAAAAACUGAUCAUGACUGUUUUGGCUUAGGGUACAGAAAUGGAAACUUGUAUGUUACUGAUUCGACGGAGACUAUUUUUGUCUACAACAAGACAGGGACAAUGCUGAUACAAUAUUCAAAAGAUCAGUCAGGUGACAACUUGUUUAGGAAUAUCUACAGUCUUACAGUCAGUCAAGAUGGUGAGAGGAUGUAUGUUGCUGACUGGACAUAUGGUCUUGUAGUACUUAGUAAGGAAGGUAAAUUACAUGGAAAAUAUAAUCCUUUUAACCUCGGAAAUGCAAGGGAGAUUUGUGAAACAGACAGUGGAGAUAUACUUGUUUGCGGUGAAUCAUCUAACAAUAUUCUACAAUUUUCUCCUAAUGGUGAGGUGAUAGGAGAAAUACUUACAUCAGAUGGCCAAGAAGGAGGUUGUAAGGCGGUUUGCUAUGAUCGCAAUCACAUGAGACUGAUAGUUGGACGAGCAAAACGGGGUUAUAUAGAAGUUUACGACAUGAAGUGAACAAUAAAGAACAAAUGAUAUUUAAACUUUCAUGGCAGUAAAUCAAUAACUGACUUAUUGAUCAAAUUUCAAGACAUCUGUAAUGAUAUUCUCUCAAGAUAAUCUUGAGGAAAUUUUUUUCUCAAAAUGAAUGAACAUUUAUUUAUGAAUGCAUUUCAUCCCAGAAAUGUGUAAAACAUAACUCUUCAUGAAGAAUAUCAUUGUAAAAGAUAACUCUUGAUGAAUUUAAUAAAGUUUAUUCUAAAAUAAUUAAGAUAUAGUAAAAUUGUAUAUUGUAUUUCCA